GACAGUGAGCACUUCCUCACCAUCCCAGGCAAUCAGGCCAGACGCACACAGGCAGCAGUCUCGGAUUGAAUACUCAACUGCGCUCCUUUGUCCUUCGUUGCGUUGCUUGCUUCUUAUUUUUCUAAAAUAAAUCUUGCUACCACUGCACUGAGUUAUUGCAGAUGAUAUCGAAUGUUGAAAUAUUUAGCACUAAAUAUUAGUUUCCGUUCUAUUCGAGAGAAAUAAAAGAAUUCGUCAGUGUAAUAGUUUUUUUCGCGUUGCGCUGUGUUAUGUUUCUUGCUGACAUUACUUAUGAAAAUCUAUACCUUACGUACAGUAAUACAAUCCCAGCCUUCACAUGAUCAAUGAAAAAGUACGUCCGAUUUUUGCAAAAGUUAGAAAUAAAGUCCAGAAAAUUGAUUGACUCUGAAAUGAUUUCUCCAAAGAUGAUGCAAACAGUGUGAACGAUUGCAAGACGUACUUAUUAAAAUGGACGGUAUUUUUGGUAAGCUGAUCGCUUCAAAGUGAGAAAACCGAAUAAAAAUCGUCCCAGGUACAAAACGAAAGCUCAAAAACAUGUCGAACAAAAUGCUGACCUAUCUCGCACUCAUAGGGAUCAUCGCUGGUAGCGUAGGCGGAACAAUAUCGGAGGAACCUUCCUUCGUCGAGCCCAUCCCCAACAUUACCAUUGCAGCAGGUCGAGAUAUAAGGCUUUCGUGCGUAGUGGAUAAUCUGGGUUCGUAUAAGGUCGCAUGGAUCGCCUUCGACAAAUCUGCCAUCCUGACAGUCCAAGAUCACGUCAUCACGAGGAACCCCAGAGUCAAAGUGACACACGACGGUCAACGAACCUGGACUCUCCACAUAUCACGGGUCAACUCGACCGAUGCCGGAACUUAUAUGUGUCAGGUCAACACCAUCAUCGCCAAGAGUCAAUUCGGAGUGUUAACUGUUGUCGUUCCCCCAAAUAUCAUAGACAGCGACACCUCGGGAGAUGUCAUGGCUCAAGAAGGUGCCAACAUCAACCUCACCUGCAACGCCUCGGGAACGCCUCAGCCAUCAAUCACCUGGAGGAGGGAAGACAACAUAAAGAUCAACAUCAACAAAACUCUUCAAGUGGCUGAACACAAUGGAGUUCAUUUGCAUCUGGAACGGAUUAGUCGGAUGGACAUGGCGGCGUACCUGUGCAUCGCUAGCAAUGGUGUUCCGCCUAUUGUCAGCAAGAGAAUUCAAGUCAGCGUCGAAUUUCCACCGAUGAUGAGCAUCCCCCACCAACUAGUCGGCGCCCCCUUAGGAUACAGUAUCACAAUGGAAUGCACCAUCGAAGCCCACCCUCUCACCUACUGGACCCUGGGGCAAAGCGCUAUGCUCCACCAAGGACGCAAAUACCAUAUCACAAACACAAUAGGAGAGGUGCCCUACAGGACGCAUAUGAAGCUCACGGUCAAAAGUCUUCAACGAGAGGAUUACGGGUCGUACAAGUGCGUGGCCAAGAACUCGAGAGGAGACACGGAGGGGCUCAUCAAGUUAUAUGAGACCCAUCCACCAACGACGCCACCGACAAGUCCGCCGUCAUAUCUUGAUAAAUUAUUUCAAGAUUUCAAUUUCAAGACGACCAACAUGGCGGCCACAAACAGCGACGAGGACACACUGCCUGAUGGUCAUUCCGAAGAAGCGAUGGACAGACAGCGCAAAGAGGAAGAGGAAAACCAAAACGUACUGAGAAUUGAAAAGGGAAGCAGAGAAGAGAAACACAUACAAGACAGCCGCUCUCAGAAUGGAGACAACGGUUACGACGCCGAAGCCGAAGCCAACGAAGAGCAAGAACACAGAUUCAUUCGCUUUUUGAGCCAUGGAUUGACCGUUCACCAGACAAAUUCGGUCCCAAUCCUGCGAUGCCUGAGUAUUGCAGCAGUGGUUUACUUCCAGUACCCCUUGUGAUGUCUAGGAAGUGAAAAUUCCUCCCUCUUCAGUAACCAUCUUGUGAAUAGUAGUUAUAAGUGAAUCUUUUCCAGUUCAUCGUACCCUUUUUAAAACUAUGUGUAACAAAAUAUGUCAAUCUGUACUUUGGUGUGAACACAUGUAGGUGUGGACCGUCUCUAGUGCACACUUUCUUAGCAACGUGACAAAAAGAUGUUUCUAGAGAUGCUGUAGAUACAACUGUCUUCACUUGUCUUCUGUCAUUCGAUAUUAUAAGAUGAUAUCAUAUCUGUGAUGAUGAUAACUGUUGUGGAUAUGUGUAAUAACAUUUAUAUUUUUAUGGAAAACAUCUAUAAGUAUUGUAUAAAGCUAAGCUUCGCUAAAUUAGAUAUUUGUCAAUUUCUGUACACAAUAAAGGAGUGC